AUUUACUGGUAAACACGGCCUGUCUAUGAGGAAUGAUUUAGAGAAUUAAGAUGUGAUAUUCAAAAAUUUCUUGGAGGCAACAAAACCAAACCAGUUGAGUUGAAGAUCACAUGAAGAUGAUGGAUGGAUGAAGAUGAAGCUGAAGACGAAGACGUCCAUACAACUAACAGUAACUGCACAAAUCCCUCCCUCCAUUGAUCUCCAUCUUUACACUCCGACUUACUUGACUCACCGACUGCUGAGUACUACACACUUCCACGUUUCCUCGCAGCUUUACCUCCCCCUUCCCCAUCCCGGAUUCCUACUCCUCCCACCACCCGCCAUUAGUUAACUCCUUCCUACGGCCCCCUUUUGCACCGCAGCAGAAAAAUAUGCCUCUGAUUAUCAAGUAUGACAAUAAGGCUGUGCUUGACACAGCAGCAUGGAUAUUCAAUAUUGUUACUUCUGUCGGAAUUAUUUUAGCCAACAAAGCAUUAAUGGCGUCAUAUGGAUUCACUUUUGCUACAACUUUAACUGGCCUACACUUUACUGCCACUACAGCAAUGACUUAUAUACUAAAAUGGCUUGGAUAUAUCCAGAGUUCUACGCUUCCGGUGUCAGACCUUAUCAAGUUUGUUUUGUUUGCAAAUUUUUCUAUUGUUGGAAUGAAUGUUAGCUUGAUGUGGAAUUCAGUGGGAUUCUAUCAGAUUGUGAAGCUGAGCAUGAUCCCUGUGUCAUGUUUUCUUGAAGUUGUUUUGGACAGUGUCCGGUAUUCAAGGGACACCAAGCUAAGCAUUCUAGUUGUUCUGUUGGGCGUUGCAAUCUGUACAGUCACCGAUGUGAGUGUUAAUGGCAAAGGUUUUCUUGCUGCUUUCGUAGCAGUUUGGAGCACAUCUCUACAGCAAUAUUAUGUUCAUCAUCUUCAGAAGAAGCAUUCAAUUGGUUCUUUCGACUUAUUGGGGCACACUGCACCACCCCAGGCUGCGUCGCUGCUGUUAGUUGGGCCCUUUUUGGAUUACUGGUUGACAGAUAAGAGGGUUGACUAUUAUCCAUUUACAUAUGCAUCACUGAUGUUUAUUGUGUUGUCUUGUGCCAUUGCUAUUGGAACCAAUCUAAGCCAGUUCAUCUGCAUAGGAAGAUUCACAGCAGUUUCGUUCCAAGUGCUCGGCCACAUGAAGACCAUUCUUGUCUUGAUAUUAGGAUUUGUCUUCUUUGGUAAAGAAGGACUUAACCUUCAUGUAGUCAUUGGCAUGAUUGUUGCAAUUCUUGGAAUGAUUUGGUAUGGCCAUGCUUCGUCUCAACCGGGCGGUAAAGAACGAAUUCCACAGCAGUUUAGCAGCAAGAUGGAAGAAGAAAUAGGGCUGGUAAAAUCGAAUGAGGUGAACGGGAAGGUGUAAACAGUUAAGUGAUUGUUUUAAGGUUCGAACAGUAGUCAAGAAUGCCUGUCUGUAUGUGUGUCCAUAUAUAAAAAUUGUGAUUCUUCCUGAUAAUAAUUAAAUCAGUGUUUGCUUACUUUU